AUGCCUCCGAAAAGUAGAAGAUUAGAGUUAAAUUCAAAUCAACUCAAAGUAUUUUUUAUGAUCUAUUAAUUAAGGAAGAAGGAAAUACUGCUUUCCUUAACAGAUAAUAUAGUAAAGCAAUUAUCUUAUACUCUAAAGCUUUAUGUAUUAAGAUUUUAUAAAUAAUUUUUAGAGUUGGAAGAGAACCCUAUAUUCUACAAUAAUCGUUCUUAAGCUUAUUUAUAGACAGAUGAACUAGAAUUGGCUUUAUAAGAUUGUAAUAAAGCAUUGCAAUUGAAUCCAAGUUAUGUUAAAGCUACCACUAAUAAGGCAUAAGUGUUAUAUGAGAUGGGUUAUCUUCAAGUAUAUGUCCAAACUUAUUGUUAUUUAGGAAGCAAUUGAAUGUUUGUAGAGUAUAAAUAAUCACACUCCAGAAAGUGAAUUAUUACUCAAUUAAUAUUAUUCAUAAUCUCUCAAAGUAAAACUGAUAUCACAUCAAGACUUUAUUAGAUUAAGAAGAAUUAGAACGUUAGAAGAGACUAUUAGAAUGGUUGAAAAUAGGAAAAGCCAUAUUUCCAAAAAUUAAAAUUGAAUGUUAUUCAGAAGAUUAUCGCGGUGUUAAUGCAAAAUAAACUAUAAAUGCUAAAGAGUUAAUUCUCUUUAUUCCUAAAUCUCAUAUGAUAACUUUGGAAAUGGCUAAAGAAACAUCUUUGGCUAAAAAAAUGAUAUAAUUCAGACUAGAUUUACUUUCACCAAAACAUUCAUUUCUAUCCACUUUCUUACUAUAAGAGAAAUUCAGACCCAAUUCUUUUUGGAAACCAUACAUAGAUAUAUUACCAUCAUCCUAUCCAUCAUUUCCCAUAUUCUUUAAUAAUAAUGAUUUAGAAUGGCUCAAAGGUUCUUAAUUUUUAAGUACUUUUUAUUAUUUAAUAUAAAUUAGAAUAAAUAAAAGAUAAAUUAUCUGAUCUUAAAAAAGAUUACAAUGAUAUAUGUAAUGUUGUCCCUGAAUUCACAUAAUUUUAAUUUCAUGAAUUUUGUUGGGCAAGAAUGACAGCUAGUAGCAGAAUAUUUGGUAUAAACAUAAAUGGUGUUAAAACAGAUGCUUUUGUACCAUUAGCAGAUAUGCUUAAUCAUAAAAGACCAAAAUUAACAUCUUGGUGUUAUUCUGAUGAGAAAUAAGGAUUUAUUAUAGAAACAGAUGAAAAAAUAGAAAGAGGAUAAAUGAUAUUUGAUAGUUAUGGAAGGAAAUGCAAUUCAAGAUUUUUAUUAAAUUAUGGUUUUGUAGUUGAAGAGAAUGAUGCAAAUGAAGUUGUUGUUAUUGUUGAAACAGAUUAAAAUGAUCCACUUUUAUAAUUAAAAGAAGAAUCAAUUAAAGAAUCAUUAUAAUGGCCUAAAACAUUUAGAUUGAUGAUGGAUACUGAUGGUAAUUAUAUAAUAUUAAAUCUUCCUAGAAACUACAGUAAUGGAAUUUAUGAGUUAUAUCAGAUUUUUAGUGAUUAGAGAUGAAACUCAACUUAAAUUAUUAUUAAAUUAAAGAGGCUCCAUAAAUUUUAAAUCUACUAAAACAUAACCUAUAGGAAUAUAUAAUGAAUUAGAAAUGUGGAAAAUGAUUGGCAGAAUAUGUAAAAAAGCUUUAAAAUAAUACCCAACUACAUUUGAAGUAAUAUUAUUAAACAAUAUUAUUUAGUAAGAUUAAGAAAUUUUAUAAAUUUGUGAGUUGACUACAAAUUAAAGAAAUUGUUUGAUUUUAAGGAUGGGAGAAAAAGAAAUACUUAAAUUUUAUUAUUAAUUUAGUGAAAAAAUGAAAUAACUUUUAAGUAAUUUUAAUUAAUUAGUAUUUUAUAUAACAUUAAAAUAUAGGAAAUCAAUAUAUUCAUCUCCAAAGAAGAAAACUGCAAAUACUUAAACUAUAUAAAUAAAGUUAUUAUGUUUUAAAAUUAGAAUGAUUAAUGA